GUGAUCUUGGGAUCAGAUAACCCUGUCUUAAACCUGGCUUAAGCUGUACUCAGGUGAGAAGUACUUGGGUUGCAAACCUGUGACUCAACUCUUUCUUACCUGAAUACGGCUUAAGAUUAUCUCAUUCCUUGAAAAUAAUGGCAACAAGACAGAAGUCAGCAAAUUUUUCUGAAUUAGAAAAAGAAAUUUUGUUAGAGCUUAUCUAUGGUAGGAAGGACAUCAUAGAAAAUAAGCAGAAUGAUGGCAGAAUGGUUAGUAAGAAGAACACAGAAUGGAUAAAUAUUGAGAAAGAAUUUAAUUCUAGUCACGGUGUAAACAAGAGAAACAUAAGACAGUUGAAAUCAUUAUGGAAAAAUCUGAAAGCCAGAACGAAGUCUGCUGUUCCUAAGGAGAGGAGAGACAAGAAAAAGACAGGCGGAGGACCAUCUGGGAAAAGCUUGGAUAAAAUUUCCAGCACCAUAUCCGAAAUGCUUCCACAGCAAAUUUUUAGUUUGCCAAAUCCAUAUGACGAUGAUGCAAGUCUCCAUUGGGAUGAACCAGAAGAUGACAAUGAAGAUUCAGAUGAUAAUGACGAGAUAUUGACAACCAACACAAUUCAGGAGGAUGUGCCGAUAAUGUCGGAAGAAUCCGCUAAACCGCCACAACCAGCGUCCAGAGUUCCUGGUACUAAAUGAAAAGCUGCUGGUCGAGGACGUCAAGACCAAGUCAAGAAUAGGCUUCUGGAAAUUGCAGAAAUAGAACAUAGUAAAAAGGUGACAAUCCUUCAGUUGAAAGAGGACAUACUAAAGUUGAAGAAACAGAAACUAGAGAACGAAAUAAAAUUAAGUGAACAUAAUUUGCCAGUACCUCCAACCACUACAUGUGGGGGUAAAGAUUCUAACAACAACAGUGGCUAUUUCUGGCAGCCAUAUGCACAAUGA